GAAGUCUUAAACGUACACAACAAACAUGGCGUCGGCCGACAAGGCACCGGUGAAGAAUUCACACGUGGGGAAGAAGAAACAGCCCGCAGCUCGUUACUGGGAGGAACCGCAGAAAGAGGGUGAAAGCAAGGUUGUAAAAGAUGGAGAGAAGAGUGAACAGCAGCAGAAGAAGAAGAAACAAACAGCAAAGAAAGAAAACACGAAGGCAAUCAAAGAGAUGGAAAGAAACGUAUAUCAGAGCACCCAUGUGAAGCCCAAGUGUGUUUUCACUGGAUAUAAGCCAAAAAACUAUGCUGGUUAUUCUGCACCACAUGCACAGCAGAAAGAAGACCCUUUUCCUGGACCUGCCCCCAUCCCAGAAGACAGAGUGGAGAAGUUUAAGAGGAAAGAGAAAAUGAAAAAGCCUCGAAACAAGCAUUUUAAGCUGAAAGCCCUGAUAAGUCGCUCAGAGAAAGCCUCAGAAAUGGCCCAGAAACAAGCGGCACGUAUUGACCUUCUGCUCCCAGAGGAUGCAGGGUUUUUAGAAGGAGACGAUGGUGAGGACACAUGCACCAUCUCUCAGGAAGAUAUUGUGGAUGCUGUGGAUAUAUCAUCUGGUGCAAAGUACUUUAAUUUGAAGCUGUCUCAGUUUGGGCCGUAUCGAGUGGAUUACAACAGAACUGGACGUCACCUGCUGCUUGGCGGUAGACGAGGCCAUAUUGCUUGUAUAGACUGGCAGUCGAAAAAUCUGAUGUGUGAGAUAAAUGUGAUGGAAGCCGUCAAUGAUGUGAAGUGGCUCCACAGUGAGAACAUGUAUGCAGUUGCGCAGAAAAAGUGGCUGCAUAUUUACGACUCCAAUGGAAUUGAGCUUCACUGCAUCCGCAAAUUCAACGAUGUGCUCCGGAUGCAGUUUCUCCCCUACCACUUUUUGCUCGCCACAGCGAGUGCCACCAGUUUCCUGCAGUACCUUGACGUGUCUGUGGGAAAGGAGGUGGCGGCGAUCUGCACCAAGACGGGACGGCUCGAUGUAAUGUGUCAGAACCCUCAAAAUGCCAUCAUCCACCUGGGGCACUCCAAUGGCACUGUCACCCUCUGGUCACCCAACCAGAAAGAAGCCCUUGUUAAAAUGCUCUGUCACCAGGGAGGGGUGCGUUCUGUUACUGUGGACAAGACGGGCACGUACAUGGUCACAUCAGGUAUGGAUAAAAAGCUGAAAGUGCAUGACAUUAGAGCUUUUAAGCCCCUCAAAUCAUACUUCAUCCCAUCUGGAGCUUCCUGUUUGUCACUGAGCCAAAGGGGUGUGUUGUCUGCAGCUACAGGGGAUAUUGUUCAGCUGUACAUGGAUGUUUGGAGCACCCCAAGUCCCAAACCCUACAUGGCCCACAGAGUUCGGGGAGCGGUGUGGGGGGCUACCUUCUGUCCCUUUGAGGACGUCCUCGGAGUAGGACACGGAGAUGGUUUCACGAGUAUGCUUGUACCAGGUCCGCACCUAUAUUUCAUAUAAGUUGCGGGUGAGCCUAACUUCGAUGGCCUGGAUGCGAACCCAUACCGCAGUGCUACAAGGCAGGAGUGGGAGGUUAAAGCUCCGGAGAAGAUCCAACCUGAACUGAUAAGCCUGGACCCGAAUCAACUAGGACAAGUUGACCGAGCCACAUAUGAGCAAAAGCACCAAGAUAGAGUCCAAGCUUUGGGUUUUGAUCCAAAUGCCAAAGAAAAAUUUGUUCCUAAGUUUAAGAAAAAGGGUCGGAGCUCUGCUGGUUCAGUUGAAAGACGCAAGAAGCAGGUGGCUCAUGAGGACCAAAGGGACGUAAUCAGGAGAACUGUAGAGGACAAAAUGAGGCUGGCAGAACAAAGAAAGAAGAAGGCGGCAGCAAAAUUAUCUGGCCAGAGAUCUGCUCUGGACAGGUUCAGAAAAUAGACAAGGAAGACCCAUUGUACAGCCUGAAACCCAGUGAUAUUCUGUAGGCGUGACCUUUGAACUUUCUAUGAAGGACACAUUUGGACACUGGUCUCCUCUGUGUGAACAAAGUGCUGCAGAUAUUCUGAAUGUAGUCUGCAAAUAAGGACUUGCAUUCAGAUGGAAAACAGUUCAUCUGCCAUCAGUGUUGAGAGCAUUGAUCGUUUCUGUUGACAGCACUUUGUGUCCUCACGAGUGGAUGAACUAAUCUGACGGGUCACAGUCGGCGUGGACCUCACUCUCAUUUGUGUGAACUUUUGUUUUUUCUCAAAUGAUGAACACGAGUUCAUUUAGUUUUGAACCUUACUGUCUGGUAGUUCAUCUGUUUUCUAUAAUAAUGUUCUAAAAAUAAACAUUACGAAACCUCUUGAAUCAAAGUGUCAUUCGAAACUUUAAUUAGAAGCAGAACAAACUCAAAUAUCUACAUACCAUGUCAAACCCUCCUCAUUGAGAGGUUUGUUUUGUGGUCUUCUGUAGACGUAUGAAUUUAAUGGAGGCAUAUGAAGUAAUUGUAUUAGGGUUACCUUUUUAUUUUCAGAUACCACUCCCUUACUAGGUUUCGUAAUUGGAACAAAAGAGAAGUUAAAAGAUCAUAGAUAUAUUAAGUAUAAGUAUCUAACACUUUCUUUAUGUAACAGAUGUCGACAUUAUCAGCAACUUCUUCUUUUUAACAGGAAAAGCUCACAGCAGCAACCUUCAGCACGCCUGUUAAAUAGCCAAUACAGUUCAUGUCAGUACAUAAGAUGCAGCAACAAAUUCAGAAGUAAAUAAAAAAAAAAAAAAAAACAGCAACAAAAUCUCUUGUAAAGCAUUUGUGGUUUAUGACAAA